AUGCCAGUCUCUAAAUCACAGAUCAAACUACCUAAUGCGGUUCUUGGGCUCCCUACUGGAUCCACGCCGAUACCGGUGUAUGAACAAUUAGUCAAGAUGUAUCAAGCUGGUUUGAUCGAUUUCGAGCAAGUGAGGACUUUCAAUUUAGAUGAAUAUGUCGGUUUGAAACCUGAUCAUCCCGAGAGUUACGCGGCUUUCAUGGCUAAACACUUAUUCUCUAAAAUCAAUAUUCCUACUUCUCAAACGCAUUUACUGGACGGUCUCACACCUAACCCUGAAUCGGAAUGUAAAGCUUACGAAGACCUCUUGGUGAAAGAAGGAGGUAUGGACUUACUUUUCCUUGGUAUUGGUGAAAAUGGUCAUUUAGGUUUCAACGAACCUUUCUCACAAGUCGGAGAAGGGACAAGGAUGGUGAUGUUAACUGUUGAAACUCGUUUGGCCAAUUCCCGCUUUUUCUCAGCUAUAGACCAAGUCCCAACUCAUGCAUUAACCAUGGGACUUCAAACUAUCCUUUCUUCCAAAUCUAUCGUUCUUCUGGCUAUUGGGAAAAAGAAAGCGAAAGCUAUUAAAAUGUGUUUAGAAGGAGAAAUCAAUGAUGAAUGGCCUUGUUCAGUUUUAAAAGGACAUCAAGAUGUUUUGGUCAUUUGUGAUGAUGAUGCUGCUUCUGGUAUGUUCAUUUCUACUCUCUCUUUCUUCUCUUGCUUCACUCUAGUCGUUUCACGUAGUCUGACGAUGUGUGCUGGGACUUUUUCUUCCUUCUAA